GUGACCUCGGGAUUGUCCCGCCGCCGGCCCCUCGCAGGCUCCUUGGACCUAGGUCGUCCAGCACUCUCCCGCCCCUGCCCACCUCAGUGUGUCCCCCACGCAGGGCCCCAGGGCAGGCAUUUGGGAGACACCGUACGGUGAUUCCUCAGAGCCUGUUAGCAGGUGAUGGUGACAGGAAAAGCCACGGAAGCGACGGCGCUGGGAGUGAGCAGGGCAGAUCCUUCCGAAUCCCUGGCUGCAGGCAGAGUUCCUUCCCGGCCCAGUCCUGAUCCCCAGCGCCGCGGGCUCUGCUCGGUGCUCAGCCCAGGCGAGGUUCCCCUGGCCAGGAUGUCAGGUCUGGUGUUGGGGCAGCGGGAUGAACCUGCAGGGCACCGACUCAGCCAAGAGGAGAUCCUGGGAAGCACUCGGCUCGUGAGCCAAGGACUGGAGGCCCUGCACAGUGAACACCAGGCUGUGUUGCAAAGCCUAUCCCACACCAUCGAGUGUCUGCAGCAGGGAGGCCAUGAGGAGGGGCUGGUGCAUGAGAAGGCCCGGCAGCUGCGCCGAUCCAUGGAAAACAUAGAGUUGGGGCUGAGCGAGGCCCAGGUGAUGCUGGCUCUCGCCAACCACUUGAGCACAGUGGAGUCAGAGAAACAGAAGCUGCGGGCUCAGGUACGGCGGCUGUGCCAGGAGAACCAGUGGCUGCGGGACGAGCUGGCGGGCACCCAGCAGCGACUGCAGCGCAGUGAGCAGGCCGUGGCUCAGCUGGAGGAGGAAAAGAAGCACCUGGAGUUCCUGGGGCAGCUGCGGCAGUAUGACGAGGACGGGCACGCUGCGGAGGAAAAACAAGGGGAUGCCACCAAGGAUUCUCUGGAUGACCUCUUCCCCAACGAAGAGGAGGAGGACCCUAGCAACGGCUUGUCGCGUGGCCAAGGCGCUGCAGCCGCCCAGCAGGGUGGAUAUGAGAUCCCAGCAAGGUUGCGGACGCUACACAACCUGGUGAUUCAGUACGCAGCCCAGGGUCGCUAUGAGGUGGCUGUGCCGCUCUGCAAGCAGGCGCUGGAGGACCUGGAGCGCACAUCUGGCCGUGGCCACCCUGAUGUCGCCACCAUGCUCAACAUCCUCGCCUUGGUGUAUCGGGACCAGAAUAAGUAUAAGGAAGCUGCCCACCUGCUGAACGAUGCCCUCAGCAUCCGGGAGAGCACUCUGGGCCGGGACCAUCCUGCUGUGGCUGCCACACUCAACAAUCUGGCUGUGCUCUACGGCAAAAGGGGCAAAUACAAGGAGGCAGAACCGCUGUGCCAGCGAGCACUGGAGAUCCGAGAGAAGGUCCUUGGCACUGACCACCCAGAUGUAGCAAAGCAGCUAAACAACCUGGCCCUUCUGUGCCAGAACCAGGGCAAGUAUGAGGCCGUAGAGCGCUAUUACCUGCGAGCACUGGCCAUCUAUGAGGGGCAGCUGGGGCCGGACAACCCGAAUGUAGCCCGCACCAAGAACAACCUGGCUUCCUGUUACCUGAAGCAGGGCAAGUAUGCUGAGGCCGAGACGCUGUACAAAGAGAUCCUGACCCGAGCCCACGUGCAAGAGUUUGGGUCUGUGGAUGACGACCACAAGCCCAUCUGGAUGCAUGCAGAGGAGCGGGAGGAAAUGAGCAAAAUCCGGCACCAUGAGGGCGGCACACCCUACGCUGAGUACGGAGGCUGGUACAAGGCCUGCAAAGUAAGCAGCCCCACCGUGAACACGACCCUGAGAAACCUAGGAGCUCUGUACAGGCGCCAGGGGAAGCUGGAGGCAGCUGAGACCCUGGAGGAGUGUGCCCUGCGUUCCCGGAAACAGGGUACUGACCCUAUCAGCCAGACCAAGGUGGCAGAGCUGCUUGGGGAUGGUGACAGAAGGACCUCCCAGGAAGGCCCGGGGGACACUGUGAAAUUUGAGGGAGGUGAAGACGCUUCGGUGGCUGUGGAGUGGUCAGGGGAUGGCAGUGGGACUCUGCAGAGGAGUGGCUCUCUGGGCAAGAUCCGGGAUGUGCUUCGUAGAAGCAGCGAACUCCUGGUGAGGAAGCUCCAGGGGACGGAGCCUCGGCCCUCCAGCAGCAACAUGAAGCGGGCAGCCUCCUUGAACUAUCUGAACCAACCCAGUGCCGCGCCCCUCCAGGUCUCCCGGGGCCUCAGUGCCAGCACCACGGAUCUCUCAUCAAGCAGCUGACAUUCAACCCUCCCCACAGGCCUGUUGGGUCCCCCACAGCCCUCACAGCAUUCCCCACUGCUCCAGUCCCUUCCCCAUCGCAAGGUGGGGUAGUGAACGGGGAGCAGUGUAACCAGAAGUCUGCUGCUGCCCAUAGGGUCUUGGCUCCCUCCUCAGGAAUCCCUCUUAGGAAGGACCCUCAGGACACACUCUCCCUCCACCAGGGGGUCCUCGAGAGUAGCUAGCUCUGGGGCCCCCAAGGUGGGCAAGAUCAGGUAUGCACCUUAGAGAUGAAGCCUGCCUCUGGCUUUUCUGUCAGAGGGUUUAGGGCUGGCCGGCCGGCAGAGCCACCUUGCCCGGGCGUCUCUUGUUCCCUCCCCUCUGCUGCCUCACUUCAGGUCCAUGUAUUUCACGUUUCUUAAAUAAAAGAAUCAGGUAACCUUUC